UUAUGGCCAUGGCUGACACAGAAACAGAGAGAAAAAUAGCCAGACUAAAUAUUGGAAGUCCCCACUUGCCUUUUUUCUUUCUCAAAAAUCUUCACGUGAAUCUGACUCUGCCUUUUGCCAUAUCUUCUUAGACUGCUGCUUCUCUCUUCACUCUUCCACCUCUUUUGUCACGUAUUGCACCUCUACACAUAUUCCACAACAAUUCAAUCUGGAAAUUUUUUCUUAAACAAGAUGAAAAUACAACAAUUCUUACUACUAACCAUUCUUCUGUUUUUAUCUGUUUCUUUUCAUUCCACUGUUUCGUUGAUUCCUUCAGAUGCAUCAGCAUUGUUAGCAUUCAAAUAUAAAGCUGAUUUGGACAACAAACUUGCAUUUUCUGCUAAUACAAGUUUCAGAUUCUGCAAAUGGAAAGGGAUACAAUGCUCGGAGAAGAAAGUGAUUCGUAUUGUUAUCGAAAGUUUUAGCUUACGAGGUACGUUUCCAGCUAAUACAUUGUCUAUGCUUGAUCAACUGAGAGUAUUGAGUUUACAAAACAACGCACUUACCGGUCCGAUUCCGGACCUUUCUCCACUUAUAAAUCUCAAAGUUCUUUUCCUGGACCAUAAUUUGUUCACCGGUUCAAUACCAGCUUCCAUUUUCACUCUUCAUAGGCUUAAAACCCUUGAUCUCUCUUACAAUAACCUCACCGGUUCAAUAUCCGUUGCAAUCAACGGAUUGAACCGGUUGUACUAUCUCCGGCUUGACUCGAACCGGAUAAACGGAUCAAUCCCACCGCUGAACCAAUCUACCCUCCAUAUCUUCAACAUUUCUCACAAUGCCCUUUCUGGUCCUAUUCCGGUAACGAAAACGUUAUCCCGGUUUAAAACGGCGUCGUUUUCAGAUAAUAAAGGACUUUGUGGUGAGAUCGUACAUAAAGAAUGCCGUCCAAUACAACCGUUUUUCAGUCCAUCCACCGCUGCCGCCACUAAAAUUACGCCGCCGCCGUCUAAAACUCCGGCAGAACUCGGCCAAAACGAAGAGUUACGACAGGGUAGCCCGUUAAACCGUAAAGAAAACAAAUCACAUAAAAGAUCCUUACUCAUUAUUGGAGUUUCAACAGCUUGUUUAGUCCUUUUAUGUUCAGUUAUACUAUUAGCAUUAGCGUCAAAGAAGCACAGGAACUCGAAGAAAUUAGGAGAAACUAAGAAAUCCGUAUUCGAUCCAAGUGUUAGCGGCAAUGCAGAAGCAGUAAUAAGAAUUGAAGAAGACAACAAUGAACUGGAAGAGAAGGUGAAGAGAGUACAACAAGGAAUGCAGCAAGUGGUGGGUAAAAGUGGGAGCUUAGUUUUCUGUGCAGGUGAGGUGCAGGUGUAUACCCUGGAGCAGCUGAUGAGAGCUUCUGCUGAGCUUUUAGGUAGAGGAACGAUGGGGACUACUUACAAAGCAGUGCUUGAUAACCGUCUGAUUGUAUGUGUUAAGAGAUUGGACGGUGGGAGAUUGGCAGGUACAAGUCAAGAAGAGUUUGAGCAGCAUAUGGAAUCAGUGGGCGGGCUUAGGCACCCGAAUUUGGUUCCUUUUCGGGCUUAUUUUCAGGCCCGACAAGAAAGGCUUUUGGUUUAUGAUUAUCAACCCAAUGGCAGCCUGUCUUCUCUUAUUCAUGGUUCCAAGUCAUCAAGAGCAAAGCCACUUCACUGGACUUCAUGCUUGAAAAUAGCAGAGGAUGUAACUCAAGGACUUUCCUACAUCCACCAAGCAUGGAGGCUUGUCCAUGGCAAUCUCAAGUCAUCUAACGUCCUCCUCGGCUCCGAUUUCGAGGCAUGCAUAACCGACUACUGUCUCUCCAUCCUAGCUGUCCCCUCAGACGAUGACAAUCCUGAUUCUGUAGCCUAUCAGGCUCCAGAAAUUCGGAAACUGAAUCACAACAACCACAACCACCACCGCCAAGCUAGUGCCAAGGCUGAUGUCUAUUCAUUUGGCGUUCUUUUGCUUGAACUUCUAACGGGGAGGCAUCCUUCGGAACAUCCAUAUCUAAUGCCAGAUGAUAUGAUACAUUGGGUGAAGUCUACUAGAGAGGAUCAUGAUGGUAGUAUUGGAGAAGAUAGUAAGUUGGAGAUGCUUCUUGAAGUUGCUAUGGCUUGUAGAGUGAGCUCACCAGAGCAAAGACCAACAAUGUGGCAAGUGUUAAAGAUGAUACAAGAGAUUAAAGAAGCUGUUGUUAUGGAAGAUAGUCAUGAAAUGGACCUUCUCACUGGCCCUCCUAAAUCCUAAUUCUUAGUUAAAUCUUACUUAUUAUAAAAUUGAAUUUGUAUUAUAUUCACUACAUGAGACUUUUCAAUAUUAGUAAUUGCAAAAGAAAGGAACAAAAGGGG